AUGAUGAAUGCCAUCGCUUUCCUUGGGAACUCAACGAUGAGACCUUCAAAAUGCAUUCUCCGUGCCUUCACAAGAUUAUCUCCGUACAGAGACACUCCCUUUCAAUCUCACCCUUCUCGGUUUCCGAGCUUCAUAAACCGAAACAUCAACGCAAACUCAAAUAAAUUCAGCAAACCGAGAAACGCCGCGCCGUUUUGUACCGACAGGCCAAGCUCUGUUACAACAGCUCAGGUUGUUUCCGAGGCAAGAACCACCUCUGCUUCCACGACCUGCACACAUGAUCAAAUAAUCGCUAAGAACGGUUUAAAUGUGAAGAAACCUUUAACCGUCGAGGGGUUAAAAGGAGAUGAUGAGAAAGCUGAAGAAAAGGUGAUCAAUGGAGAUGACAAAAGCAGCAUAGAUAGAGAUGAUCUCGAGGGUGUUAAGAGAAACGAAAUCGAGGAGGAAGCUUGGAGAUUGCUGAGGGAAUCAGUAGUGACGUACUGCGAGUCCCCUGUAGGAACAAUGGCUGCUAAUGAUCCAACCGACACAACACCGUUAAACUACGAUCAGGUCUUUAUUAGAGACUUUGUACCUUCUGGUUUGGCUUUUCUGAUGAAAGGAGAAAGCGAAAUUGUUCGAAACUUCCUUCUCCACACGUUGCAGUUGCAGAGUUGGGAGAAAACAGUUGACUGUUAUAGUCCAGGACAAGGACUAAUGCCAGCGAGUUUCAAAGUCAGGACUUUACCGCUUGAAGAGGACAAGUUCGAAGAGGUUCUUGAUCCCGACUUUGGCGAAUCAGCUAUCGGACGUGUUGCUCCCGUCGAUUCUGGUUUAUGGUGGAUAAUACUGUUGAGAGCAUACGGGAAGAUCACAGGGGAUUACUCGCUGCAAGAGAGGAUAGAUGUGCAGACAGGGAUAAAGAUGAUUGCAAACCUUUGUUUAGCUGAUGGCUUUGAUAUGUUUCCAACGUUGUUAGUCACUGAUGGCUCUUGCAUGAUAGACCGGCGUAUGGGAAUCCACGGCCACCCUCUUGAGAUCCAAGCUUUGUUUUAUUCUGCUCUACGGUCUUCUGGUGAGAUGCUGACUGUAAACGAGACCUCCAAGAACCUAAUCAAGACAAUUAACAACAGGCUCAGCGCGAUAUCGUUCCACAUAAGAGAGAACUAUUGGGUGGACAAGAACAAGAUCAACGAGAUUUACCGUUAUAAGACAGAGGAGUACUCUACGAAUGCCACCAACAAGUUCAACAUCUACCCGGAGCAGGUCUCUCCGUGGCUAAUGGACUGGAUUCCUGAAAGCUCAAGAUGUGGGUUUCUUGUAGGGAACCUCCAGCCUGCUCACAUGGACUUCAGGUUCUUCACUCUGGGGAACCUCUGGUCUAUCAUAGCUUCGUUAGGAACACCGAGACAGAACCAAGCUAUCUUGAAUCUUAUUGAAGAGAAAUGGGAUGAUAUCAUUGGGCAUAUGCCGCUCAAGAUUUGCUUCCCGGCUUUGGAAUCUGCAGAGUGGCAUAUUAUCACUGGGAGUGACCCCAAGAACACGCCUUGGUCUUACCAUAAUGGCGGCUCAUGGCCAACACUUCUGUGGCAAUUCACAUUGGCAUGCAUCAAGAUGGGAAGACCAGAACUAGCAGAGAAAGCAGUUACCUUGGCUGAGAAGAGGCUUCAAGCUGACAGGUGGCCAGAGUACUACGACACAAGAGACGGAAAGUUCAUCGGGAAAAAGUCGAGGCUUUACCAGACAUGGACAAUUGCUGGUUUCUUGACAUCGAAGCAGCUACUGCGGAAUCCUGAAAUGGCAGCUUCCUUGUUCUGGGAAGAAGAUCUUGAGCUUCUAGAGAGUUGCGUCUGUGUUCUCACCAAAUCAGGCAGGAAGAAAUGCUCUAGAGCCGCAGCAAAGUCUCAGAUCCUUAUAUAA